UUUAAAUAAGGGGAUCAGACUAGGCCUCCUUGUGAUGGUAACACUGAAGCAGCUAACCUUGAGGGUAUGAAUCAUGAGGCUUUUCUAGAUGAGAGAAAAGCUAAGACAAAGACCCUAAGAUGAGUUCUCCGACAUGUGCAGGCAAAAUUAUGAAGGCUAGCGUGCCUCAAAUGAGAAGAGUGGACAUUGGCCAAUGGGGUGUUGGCAUCCAGUUGGUGUAAGCUGGGGGUCAGCGUGCUUUCCUUUAAUGGGUCAAAUGUUUCAGGCUUGGGAGGCCACAUAAGCUCUCUCUCACAUAUUUUUCUUUCUUGCCUGCUUUUUUUUUUUGAGUCUUUAAACAUGAAAAACUCAUAAUUAGUCUAUAUUCUUCAAGACAUUGGCUGAAUAUUUAUUCUUCCCUCUGGCUGGCCUUGGUUUGAGCAACCAACUCCUGGUGUAUGAACUUAUAUAUAUUGCAUUGUAUAGACCUGUUACUUAAUGUGUUUCGUGUCUUGGGUUCACCCACGUGCUCCCUCCUAUAUUGCCCGUUUCUGUUCAUUUUACCUCUUAAAUAUCUCUAGUAUCAAUUCCUGUCUCUCCUGAUAUCGCCUUGGUCUAAGGGUCAGUCACUUCAAGAGCUUCUUGUUAUCCCCACAUCUGUUUGGACCCAAAAUCAUCGCUUCCAGGUCGAUCCUUUAAAAUUAUGCCAUCAUUCUGUCCAAAAUACUUACAGCUUUUCCAUGUCCUUGGGAUUUUUCAGGCUCUUCAGACUUUUCCAUCCUCAUCUUGCAGUCAACGUUCCUACCAUCUGUCUUUGCCAGUUCUUAGGUGGCCUGCUUGUGUCUGUCCAGGAGCCUCAUGCUCGCUUGCUCCUCUGAGAUGUUCUCACCUUCCUGCAGACUUUUCGUUAAAAUCGUGCAACAACCACAUGCGAGAUCCUUAGUUUGUGUCAGUGCUGUUCCUGGCAGUAGAAAAACAAAGAACUCAGUGACUCUGGACUAGGAAUAAGAACAUGGAUCAAGCAAGUUUUAAAUCAAGAUCUAACAUUCCAACACAUAAAAAUUAUUUAUCCAACAGCUCCUGGCAGACCAUAUACUCCUAUGAAUGGAAAUAUCUCCAAUGUAUGGUUUGACAGAUUUAAGAUAUCUAAUGACUGCCCAGAACACAUUGAGUCAAUUGAUGUGAUGUGCAAAGCGCUGUCUGAUCUGAUUGAUGAGGAAGUGAGGAGCGGCAUCAAGAAAAACAGGAUUUUAAUAGGAGGAUUUUCCAUGGGCGGAUGUAUGGCAAUGCAUUUAGCAUAUAGAAAUCACCAAGAUAUAGCAGGAGUCUUUGCUCUUUCUAGUUUUCUGAAUAAAGCUUCUGCUGUUUAUCAGGCUGUUAAGGAAAGUCAUGGGGAACUCCCUGAAUUAUUUCAGUGUCAUGGAACUGCAGACGAGUUGGUUCUUCAUUCUUGGGGUGAAGAGACAAACUCAGAGCUAAGAUCUCUAGGUGUAAGCACAAAAUUUCACAGUCUUCCCAAUGUUUACCAUGAGCUAAACAAAGCUGAGCUGGAAAGGCUGAGGUCGUGGAUUCUAACCAAACUGCCAGGAUAAAUGGAAAGGUAACAUGAAUGAAUCAGGAUUGAUUUCUUAAUGGAUAUGUGAUAUCUUUGUGAUAGUUUUUAUUGCCAAUUAUGGUCAUCAAUUAUAAGAAAUAAUAUGGAUGGUCCUGAUCUGGUUUUAGGAAGCCUUAGUCAAAUAAGGACUGAAAAAUAAAAUUAUGUUCCUGAAUUGAAAGUGAUAAUAGUUGGUGAUAUCUUAUACAUAAUCUAAUUCUCUAUUAUUUGAUGUUCACAGUACUUUUUUAAAGAUUUGUAAAAUAGCCAUCAUUCCAGUUCUGCAAAAAAAAUACAUGUAUUCUUGCUUUCAUUCAA